ACAAUUUCCCAGAAGGAAAGAACAAACACACAAACAUGUCAGCAAGAAUGAACAGCAAUAACACAAUUCCAUAAAAAACCGUGCCCCUGCCUUUGCCCGCAAUUUGACCCGCCGUAGCCGCAGAGGCACACUAACUGAAAAUAAAAAAUCGGAGAUAUUGGACACAUUGAGUGGCCGAAACUAUCAUAUGGCUUCCUUAGUAGAAGAGAAGAAAAUUCAGGAAGAGUUAUCGGCAAUUAUAAUUUGGGCGGAGCGAGUUCGUUUAGCGGUUGAUGAGGCGGAGUCCUUCAAAGCCGACUGUCAAGAAGUAGGUAGGCACGUGGAUUGGCUCUUACAAAUGCUCCGGACCGUGGUCCGGUUCGCCAGCUCAUCUCAGGCACUCUAUGACCGACCGAUUCGCCGCGUAAUUGCCGACGUGUCGAGACACAUAGAGCGUGCCCUAAUUCUGGUCCGGAAGUGCAAGCGUCGGAGCGUUCUACGACGUGUCGUCGCAAUUGUAACCGCCGCUGACUUUCGCAAGCUCUUAAUCCUGCUAGAAGCCUCAGUCGGCGACAUGAGAUGGCUUUUGAGUAUCUUUGACACUGAAAACGGCGGCGCUUCGGGCGGUAUAGUUCUUACUUUGCCACCUAUAGCUAGUAAUGACCCGAUUUUAUCUUGGGUUUGGUCUUAUAUUGCUGCUAUACAUAUGGGCCAAUUAAGUGAUCGUAUUGAAGCCGCUAAUGAAUUGGCUUCGCUGGCUGAAGAUAACGAUCGUAACAAGAAAAUUAUUGUUGAAGAGGGCGGAGUCCCUCCUUUACUUACACUUUUAAAAGAAACAGCGUCGUGGGAGGCGCAAAUAGCGUCUGCCACGGCGCUUUAUAAUUUAGCAAACGAUCAAGAAAGAGUUAGGGUCAUAGUGAAUGAGCUUGGGGUUCCACUAAUAGUGAAUGUUUUAAAUGAGUCUUUGAUGAAAGUUCAGAUUCAGGUGGCUAGUUUGGUGGCCAGAAUGGCGGAGUAUGAUAAUGUGGCGCAGGAUGAUUUUGCAAGGGAGAAUGUUAUUAGGCCACUUGUGACGAAUUUAUCUCUCGAAACAUUUGUUGAUGAUCAAAGCACUAAUUUGGGUAAGCAGAGUUUUCAUUCAAUUGUGCAGAUCAAUAAAGAAUUGGCGAAGAACACAAUGGUCGGUUCGAAGAGUUCUCGUCUUUACACGGAUUUGUAUAGUGAAGCUAGUAGUAGUAGAUCAGGGCAGAGUAGGAAAGAGAGGGAGAAUGAGAAACCGGAGGUGAAAAUUAAGUUGAAAAUCGCUUGCGCUGAGGCCUUGUGGAUGCUUGCAAAGGGGAGUGUGUCAAAUAGUAGGAGAAUAACGGAAACAAAAGGGUUGCUCUGUUUGGCAAAAUUGGUUGAAAAGGAACAUGGUGAAUUGCAGUACAAUUGUUUGAUGACAAUAAUGGAGAUAGCUGCUGCUGCUGAACGAAAUGCUGAUCUUAGACGCUCUGCUUUUAAGACUAACUCUCCUGCUGCUAAAGCUGUUGUGGAUCAGCUCUUUAGGGUGAUAAAAGAUUUAGACCCAACAUUGCAAAUUCCUGCUAUUAGAUCAAUUGGUUCAUUGGCCCGGACUUUUCCAGCUAGAGAAACCAGAGUACUUGGUCCUUUAGUGGAUCAACUCAGUAAUAAGAAUCCAGAAGUGGCAACUGAAGCGGCUAUUGCAUUGCAGAAGUUUGCAAGUCCUGAGAAUUUUCUCUGUGUGGAGCAUUCAAAAGCAAUUAUUGAGUUCAAUGGUGUUCCACCUUUGAUGAAACUUCUAAGGGGUAAUGAUCGGACACAGUUGCAUGGAUUGGUUCUGCUCUGUUACCUUGCUUUGCAUGCUGGCAAUAGUGAGGCUUUGGAACAAGCUAGGCUGUUGUCCACCCUCGAAGGGGCUGACCGUACGGUGGUUGCACAACAUCCUGAUUUAAAAGAUCUGGUGGCAAAGGCGAUAAACCACCUAAAUCUGUAUCAUCCUGGAGUUCAUUCUCAGAGACUGGCAUAUGGGCCUUUAUAAUUCAAAAUUUUUCAUUUUCGUAAAUAAUUGUGUUGAUACAUGGAAAUAGGGCUACAGAAACACAUUGUUGGCUCAGCGAGUUAUAAAUACUAGUUUUUCAAAGUAAAAGGGUUCUGUGGCAAAGAAGUGAUACGGUCGUUUAACGUGAAUUCAAAUGAAUUAAAACAUUUUCAGAGCUCAA